UCUAAGAAAAUCCAACUACUUCAUUUCAAUCCCAUUUCUUUUCCUUCAUUCCUCCACACUCAGUGUGUUUAAUUAUCUGAUCAUUUGUUCCACGUUGCUAGAUAUAUACCUAUGGAGAAGCAAGUGAUGAAACUAGCGUCACAAAAGGCGGUAGUGAUAUUUAGCAAGUCAUCUUGUUGUAUGUCUCACACUAUCAAGUCUUUGUUUUAUGAUCUUGGAGUAAGUCCAGCAAUUUAUGAACUUGAUGAGAUCUCCAAUGGAAGAGAAAUCGAAAGAGCACUUCAAAAAUUAGGGUGUAGCCCUUCGGUUCCUGCUGUAUUCAUUGGUGGCCAAUUGAUUCAUAAUUCAACCAGCACCGUCAUGUCUCUUCACCUUAGUGGUUCCCUUAUUCCCAUGCUUAAAAGAGCUGGGGCCAUUUGGCUGUAAACAUAUAAGUUGCAACGACCUAUCU